UAACUUCAGACUUUGAGGUGGGCUGUGUGCACGCAACUAGAAUGCUUUCCCUCUCUCACUCCUUCUCAGUCUAGGGGAAGUGAUCUGACACGUUACAAGCUCAUACCAUAGCUGCUAUUGCUUUUUGUUUAUUGGACCUGAACUAAGGGCUUUUAUUACUUCGCAUGACCAUUAGUGGAAUUACGGCUGUUCCUGCAUUGUAAAUAGGAUUUCUUUUUCUCAUCUUGUAGGAUAUUAACAGUUCAAGGGAAGUUUUAGAAGAGGACUUCUCUAGGAUGAAAACAGUGUACUUCUGUUUCUUUAGAAGAAAAUCAUUUGAAGCGCAUAAAUUCUACUUUAAAUAACUCGGUCUUACGGACCACAAGGAAAAAAAUUCUGUAUUACAAAUUUUGGAAAAAAAUGUGUUAAGUGAAAGCUGGAAACAGUUCCUUUCCAAGGAGGUAUGGCUUUAUCAGGAUGUAACUACUGUACAAAGUUUAUACUUGGAUAAUUUGGGACAGCAAAUAAAAACUUUUCUCAACCUCCUGAAGAAUCUAUCAGCUUUCAAGCCUCAGCAUAAUGAAUAGUUUCUAUCACGGGGAACUAAAGUUACUAUCCCAGACUACUACCGCACAUAAAAGAGUUCCUAAGAAUUACAAAGAGAACAAUUUCUGCUAAGGGCAUUACAUCCAACAAAAGAAGCUCCUCAUGCAUAGACUUUAUAUGAAGAAAAAAACAGAAGUCUCACUCCUGCACAUAAUCAGGAAACUGAAGCUUUUCCCCUCUACAACCUGGUGUGCUUAUGUACCAUGAUAAACCUUGGUUGGAUUGUUCACUGAACAUAGUGGAGCUAGACAGGAAGCAUACAUACAUUACUAGGAAAGGUCACUUGAGUAAACACAGUCAAGAAAAACACAACUAUAUGGAAUAAACCAUAAAACUUCAAAAGUCACUCUCCAGAGAAAAAAAAUAUUUAUGUUUAUUGGAUUUCUUCAAGCACAAAAUUUACUCACACCUUUAAAUAAGGUUGUUGAAGACCAGAAGACUAAACUGUGUGCAAAUCUCACCAUUCCUGACCAUGAUUGGUAUAACUUGGAACAUUUUCCUAAUUUGGACUAAAAUAGGGCUAUUGCUUAAAAUGGCACCUCAUUCUGUCAGCGCUAAAUCAUGCCCUUCAGUGUGUCGCUGUGAUGCAGGUUUCAUUUACUGUAAUGAUCGUGAUUUGACAUCUAUCCCUACAGGAAUUCCAGAGGAUGCUACCACUCUGUACCUUCAGAACAAUCAAAUAAAUAAUGUGGGGAUUCCUUCAGAACUGAAAAACUUGCUUAGGGUAGAAAGAAUAUACUUAUAUCACAAUAGUCUAGAUGAAUUCCCUACCAACCUUCCUAAGUAUGUUAAAGAACUACAUUUGCAGGAAAAUAAUAUAAGGACUAUUACUUAUGAUUCACUUUCACAAAUUCCUUAUCUGGAAGAAUUGCAUUUGGAUGAUAAUUCAGUUUCUGCUGUGAGCAUUGAAGAUGGAGCUUUCCGGGAUAACAUCUAUCUCAGACUGCUUUUUCUUUCUCGAAAUCACCUUAGCACCAUUCCCUGGGGUCUGCCUAAAACGAUAGAAGAGCUACGCUUGGAUGAUAAUCGCAUUUCCACAAUUUCAGAGCUGUCCCUUCAAGAUCUUACAAAUCUAAAACGUCUUGUUUUAGACGGAAAUCUUUUAAACAAUCAUGGAUUAGGAGACAAGGUCUUCGUGAAUCUAGUCAAUCUAACAGAACUGUCAUUGGUCCGCAAUUCCCUUACAGCUGCACCGGUAAAUUUGCCAGGCACAAACCUAAGAAAGCUUUAUCUCCAAGAAAAUCAUAUAAAUCGUGUACCACCCAAUGCUUUCUCUUAUUUAAGGCAAUUGUAUAGACUAGAUAUGUCCAAUAAUAAUCUAAGCAAUUUACCUCAGGGUGUCUUUGAUGACCUGGACAACAUCACUCAAUUGUUUCUUCGUAACAACCCUUGGCACUGUGGGUGCAAAAUGAAAUGGGUACGUGACUGGCUGCAGUCAUUGCCUUUAAAAGUUAAUGUACGUGGACUGAUGUGUCAAGCACCAGAGAAAGUGCGUGGAAUGGCUAUCAAGGACCUCAAUGCAGAACUAUUUGAUUGUAAGGAUGAUGGUAUUGUCAGCACCAUCCAAAUAACUACUGCAGUACCAAACACAUUAUACCCGGCCCAAGGACACUGGCCAGUUUCUGUGACCAAACAACCAGACAUAAAGACUCCUAAUUUGAACAAAAACUACAGAACCACAGCAAGUCCAGUACGCAAAAUCAUUACAAUUUAUGUGAAAUCUGUAAGCACCGAAACGAUUCAUAUUUCUUGGAAAGUUGCACUACCAAUGACUGCUUUGAGACUGAGUUGGCUGAAGAUGGGUCACAGCCCUGCCUUUGGAUCUAUAACUGAAACAAUAGUAACAGGAGACAGGAAUGACUAUUUACUGACAGCCCUUGAGCCAGAAUCACCAUACCGUGUAUGUAUGGUUCCCAUGGAAACCAGUAACCGCUAUCUCUCCGAUGAAACCCCUGUUUGUAUAGAGACUCAGACAGAACCCCAUAAAAUGUACAAUCCCACAACAACCCUAAACCGAGAGCAGGAGAAAGAACCUUACAAAAACUCUAAUUUACCUUUGGCUGCCAUCAUAGGGGGUGCAGUGGCACUAGUAGCUAUAGCCUUGCUUGCUUUAGUAUGCUGGUAUGUUCACAGAAAUGGAUCCUUGUUCUCGCGGAACUGUGCAUACAGCAAGGGACGGAGGAGAAAAGAUGACUAUGCUGAAGCUGGAACUAAGAAGGACAACUCCAUCCUAGAAAUCAGGGAGACUUCUUUUCAAAUGAUACCAAUAAAUAAUGACCAAGUGUCCAAGGAGGAAUUUGUAAUACAUACCAUUUUCCCACCUAAUGGAAUGAAUCUAUAUAAAAAUAACCACAGUGAAAGCAGUAGUAACAGAAGUUACAGGGACAGUGGUAUUCCAGACUCAGAUCAUUCCCAUUCAUGAUACAGAAGGAAAUGAUGGACUUUGGUUUGUUUUUCUAACAAGAAAUGAAUGACUUUAAAGGUUGCUGUUCUACUGCAAAACACUGGAUUAAAAGACUGACAAAGCAAUGUACUGUACAUUUGCCAUAUAAUUUAUAUUUAAGAACUUUUUAUUAAAAGUUUCAAAUUUCAGGCUACUGCUGCGAUUAAUGUAGCGGGGAUACCUGACCACAAUUCUAUAUUUUAGUAUUUUUUAGUAAUUUGUACUGUAUUUUCCUUGCUAAUAUUGAAGUUACAGACCAUUUAACUUUUGUGUUCUACUGAGUAAGAUGACUUGUUGACUGUGAAAGUGAAUUUUCUUGCUGUGUUGAACAAUCAGGACUUUGCAUUCGAGAUCCUUGUAAGUAUAAGCACAGGCCAUUUUUCACUUUGGUAUUAAUAAAAUGUUAAACCUGGCAGAUUGAUGAGAUUAAAAAGCCGCUGCAAAAAUUCACAGAACUACAAACAAUGUUGGGACUAUUACAUCUGUAAACCACAACAACACUCAAUAAACAAAAAUGUGCGUAGUAAUGGGCAAUA